AUGGGAACUGAAUCUGAGGAAGAAGUAUUUGAGGCUGUAAGACAAGUAGAGGAGGCCGCAAAGGUGCCGCAGAAAAAAGCUAGGUCUACCGCAAGAAAAACUAAGUUCACCGCAGAUAAGUCGCAAACUGAAAGCAAAAGGGACAAACUUUUAGAGCUAUCGAGGGACGGUAUAAUAGAGAAGCCCGCAAGUUUUAUAAGAAAGUCUAACAAAGAUGUUGUAGAUAGACUGUACCAUGAGUAUGAGAGUCAGAGGAUGCCAUGUGCAAGCGACUUCUUAUCAACGCUUAUUAUCUCAAAGUUUGCUGCGGUACUAGGAAGUUUUGGUGCAGUGGAAUCCUCAGAGAAACUGUCAGAGGAACUUCUUAGUGACAAGUUUCUGAAGGACGACGUAGCAUAUCUAACCAGAACGAUAUCCCCCAACAUCCCAUUCAUAGGGGUCAUAUCAGGUGGCUGUACAACAGCUAAACAUGUAGUUGCCCAUAAGUGGAAUAAGAAGGAGGAACCUGAGGAAGUGUCCGAGGAAACUAAACAUCUUCUAUUACAUACAGAUUGCCACGACUCGGAGGGCCUUACGACUGGGGAGGAACAGAAUUCGAAGACAUAA